AUGACCGAAUACGACAAGUUUGCCGAGCAACUACGCCACCCUGAUAACCCGAUUGUCUUCCUCGAGGUAACAGCUGGAGGAGCACCAAUAGGAACCAUCGUUAUCGAACUAUUUUCCGAUGUGACUCCUAGAACAGCAGAAAAUUUCCGUCAGUUCUGCACUGGCGAAUAUAAAAAGGACGGCGUGCCAAAUGGAUACAAGAAUUGUACAUUCCAUCGUGUGAUCAAAGAUUUUAUGAUCCAAGGAGGCGAUUUCUGCAAUGGAGAUGGAACAGGUCUCAUGAGUAUCUACGGUUCGAAAUUCCGUGACGAAAAUUUCGAGCUGAAACACACUGGACCAGGAAUGCUUUCCAUGGCUAAUGCAGGAUCUGAUACUAACGGAUGCCAGUUUUUCAUCACAUGUGCGAAAACAGACUUUUUGGAUAACAAACACGUCGUUUUCGGACGAGUACUCGAUGGCAUGCUGACGGUCCGCAAGAUCGAAAAUGUUCCAACUGGAGCGAAUAACAAACCAAAACUGCCAAUUGUGAUCGUACAAUGUGGACAACUCUAA